GACAUAAAUAAAUUUUUAAAUUAGUAGAAGAACAAUUGUAGAAGAAAAUACCAAUAAGAACCUUGAUAAGCCAGGGGGAUAUGGGGGAAACCAGUGUUGGCAAGCACCUGUGGCCCCCAAUCAGCUGGUCAAGCACAGCUUCUCAGAAAGUUUGCGUAUUUUGGCUCCACAAAUAUUAGAAAAAUAAAGGAAAUCCUGGCGAGGAGCGGACCGCAGGCAGCAGCAUUAUGCUCAAGUCCCUCAAGCCGGACACGUACGCCGGAAUGGCGAACGCCAAGUGCGGCGAGAUCUACUUUCAGAGCCUGAACAGCUUUCGCAUUGACUGCGCCUUCUGUGAGAUGAAGAGCUUCGUGUUUGGAGACUUCCUGCUUCACGUCCAGAACGUUCACUUUGAGAACGGCCUGCUCAAAACGGAGACGACCGAGACGGAGCUGAAGCAGGAGCAGCGGGAUAGCCUGACGGAUAGCCAAACAUCUCCGGUGCCGAUUGUAGCGCAGGUUAAUCCUUUUGCUUGGUACGAAAUCGGUGGCGUCGAGCAGGAUGAGAGCGACGACGAGACGGGUGCAGCAGCAGCAGCAAACGCGGAGGAGCUGCCUGGAAAAGCUAUCAUGAAGUGGGACAACUCCAAUUACGAUUGCUUGCGGCAGGUGCGAUCUUUGAAAGUCGAUUAUAAAGAGGAUUCCGAUCAGGAAUGUGACGACCUGGCAUUUCUGCAUCUUGAAAUAGACAGCCGACAAUCUUCAACUCUCAAGUCGCCCAAUCCUUGCCCAUACUGCUCGAAGACUUACCAGAGCCGCAAGACUCUAGAACGGCAUAUCAUGCGGCAGCACAAAAAUGUUGCUUCGUUAGAAGCGGACAGCGAAGAUGCAGACUACGAGCCACCUAAGGAGACUAGCACGAAGCCAGUCCAGGAGCAUAAGUGCGAGCACUGCGGUAAGAUCUAUCACGGGAAGUACAGCCUGCGACAGCAUUUAAAAAGGGAUCACGAUGUCCCGGGUGACGAGGGAACCACCAGCUUCACAUGCCUGGAGUGUGAUACCCAAUUGCCCCGCCUUCGAUUACUGGACGAACACAUGGUGCAGGCACAUGGUGGGGCCGCGUGCGUGGUAUGCAGCAGGCGGUAUAAGACACGGCACGAGCUGAAGCGACACCAGACGAAGCAUGCCACAGAACGAAAUGUGCCUUGCCCGCAUGCAGACUGUGGGAAAAGAUUCUUUACCGUCCGCCACAUGCGAAAUCACUGUAAGGUGCACACGGAGCAGAAGAACUUUGUGUGCGAAAGUUGCGGCUACAGCUGCCGAAAUAAGGAGACGCUGCGCGUGCACAUCCGGAGCCACACGGGUGAGCGGCCGUUUGGGUGUCAAGUGUGCGACAAGCGAUUUCCCUCACAUUCCGGCCUCCGGGAGCACAUGGCCAUGCAUUCGACGGAGAGACCUCACGUGUGCGGUGUUUGCGGGGCCACCUUCUCACGCCAGAAGGGCCUGUACCACCACAAGUUUCUGCACGCGGAUACUAAGCAAUUCGUUUGCAAGCUUUGCGGCAAUGCCUAUGCCCAGGCGGCAGGACUGGCAGGACACAUGCGGAAGCACCGGAACGACGAGCUCAACGGGUAGAUUACGGCUGUAUGUUUAAAUAAUCGCUUACAUCUUCCAAUUCCGAAUAGUUUUAAGAACUCAGGCAUAGGCUAUAGGACAAACCCAUCACCUUUAAAUGGUGUAUAAGAAGGGGUUUGUUAUUGUUUCUAUUGUGUUUUUUUUAUUAUGAGUAAUACGUCCGUUUCCCUUUCACCUAAUCGUUGAUGAAAUAUGGUGAUUUGAUAGCAUCUUUUUAACUCUAUCUUAACUUUUUUAGUUUUAAGGACACCUUUGUUAGACAGUAUACUAUUGUAAAAUACUGAUGGUAUUCUUAGAACUUAGAUAUCAAUCUAAUUCUAUGAUUUUUUGUACAGUCGAAUAUAAUUUGUGAAAACUUUAUAACAAUGGAAACCGCGACAUUGAUAAUCGAAUCGGAAAUCCUCGUCAGACGGGUUUCAACAGUUAACAUCUUUUUGUAUUGAUAAAUAUACAUAAUAGAAUCUGAACUACCGGCGCUCUCUCGGGAGGGUCGUGUUUAAAAUUAAA